CCGAAGAUUACCGAUCGGCGAAUAAUUAAACUACCGUUGAGGUAAAAUCACACAUCACAUGUCAAUUUUAAUUUGUAUUUCUUGUAUGAGUAACGUGCGUGUACAAGAAUCAUAUAAAAACGUUAAUUGCAACAAUAGAAAACAGGUAAAAAUGAGUCUUGGCCUUGAAGCAUGUUUACGCCACGAAUCAUUACUUGGAUUGGUAGAGUCUACGCAUUUGAAUUCGAGUAAUUUGUACGCACGCGAUAAACUGUGAAUAUAAGGUCAGAAUAUCUUAAUAUCAGUUUAGUUCGUAGAUAAAACCCUCAACACAGCAAAAGAUGUUCGUAUUCUAUACUCUAUCAAUUGCAGACACUAUUUUUAUUCCUAGUGCGCAUUGUCUUCAACAUUUUACUUCUUCAAACAGUUAAUUAUGCUGUGUUUGAUAAGAAAGUGCAAAAUAAAAGUGAAUAACUCCUUUUUGAAUACAAACAUGUUACAUCCACGUUUCAACAGUAACGGCACGUACAGCUACGAGGCAGCAAUUGAUGCACUUAAUACACUCCAAAGCAAUGCUCAGUACCUUAGAAAUCGCGAGGUCGAAGCAGCGAACAGCACACAUGAAGAAACGAAAGCAAACUGCAUUGGAAAAAUGAACGCGUUCCUGAACAGGUGUAAUAUUGAUAUAAAUAAACUGAAAUCAGUAAUCCACGUCGCUGGAACGAAAGGAAAAGGAUCCACAUGCGCUUUCUGUGAAAGCAUUCUGCGAACGCACGGAUUCAAAACUGGAUUUUAUUCGUCGCCGCAUUUAAUUAACGUGGCGGAACGAAUUAAAAUCAAUGGCAAUGCGAUUGAUAACGAGGUAUUCGCGAAAACUUUCUGGGAGGUGUAUUCGGACCUGGUCAAGUCCAAGGAUAAUGCGAUAUCAAUGCCGAUAUACUUUCAAAUGUUGACACUUGUUGCGUUCAAGUUGUUCGUGGCGGAAAAUGUCGAUGUUGCUAUUAUCGAAGUUGGAAUUGGCGGUGAAUAUGAUUCUACAAAUGUAAUAAGGCAUAGUGAUGUUGUGGGAAUAACAUCUUUAGGAUUAGAUCAUACCUCAAUGUUGGGCAACACAAUCGAGAAAAUUGCGUGGCAUAAAGGUGGAAUCAUGAAAAAGGGCUGCAGGGCUUUCAGUAUGCCACAAUGUGAAGCAGCUAUGGAGGUAUUGAAGUCUCGAAGUAAUGAAAUUAAUUGUGAUUUAAAAAUAGUUGAGCCAAUAAAAGACAUACCAGUACAAAAUGGCAUACCUGAAGAUAUCUAUAGAAAUAAUGCAUCAUUAGCCAUGAAAAUCACUGAAACAUGGCUAAAAACUCAUAAUCAUGAAGUAAAUUCCAAGAAAACUCACGAUGGACUUGUAAAUUGUCGUUGGCCGGGUCGUUUUCAAGUGAUACGUACACAAAACGCAACUUUUUAUGCCGAUGGUGCACAUACAGCCGAAAGUCUUCAAUAUUGCAGCAACUGGUACAAAGGAUAUCAAUCAAAUACAAAGAAUAAUGUUAUAAACGCGAAUAAACCACAUAGAGUAUUGCUGUUCAACAGCACUGGCGGUCGAGAUGUCGAAACGCAUUUGCAAAUAUUGCACGAGUGCGACUUUCAUAGAGUCUACUUUGUACCAAAUGUGUGUCAAAGUACAUCAAAUACAAACUUAGAAAGCGAGCAGUUGGUGAAGUGCCAAAUGAAUAAGCGCAAAUGGUGUGAAUUAUUCCCGCACGAUGCGAGUAAAGCGCAUGUCAUGCCUUCAGUAAACACCGCGCUUGAGCAUAUGAUGACUACGAAUCGCCACCAUGAAGUGUUGAUAACAGGCAGUCUACAUCUGAUUGGCAGCGCACUGCAAGCCCUCGCAAACUUCAACGCAUCACUAACGAAUGCACUCAGAAGCAACUGAAGCUGUACUUGUUACGUUUUUGGUUUCAAUUAUAAAAUAUUUUUAUUCAUAA